AGUGCCUGCCCUCUGAUGGUCGAGAAAUCAAGAAUAUUUCCGAUUUUCUAAUCAUUGACGUCUGUCAUAUAAAUUGAAACAGGUAGACGAAAGCAGUCAGUUCAAUUUUUUGCUUUCUCUGCAAAAGAUACUGCUAAGUCGUAUAAGCAUUAUCGGUUUGUGAAGAGUUUUCAACAUGUCUCUCUAUCCAUUUUUCGACGAUUACUAUCAAUGUCCAACUCAUCGUCCUAGCCGGCUCUUGGACCAACAUUUCGGCCUGGGGCUGACGCCUGAAGACAUUUUGGAGGCCCUCACCGUACCAAGAAUGGUUGCCACGUACCCUGCCGGCUACAUGAGACCCUGGAGAACGGAUCUAUCAAGACAGGACACCGGUUCCACCGUAAGUUUGGACAAAGACCGAUUCCAGGCCAACUUGGACGUGCAACAGUUCAAACCCGAAGAGAUAACUGUCAAAUUGACGGAUGAGAACACCAUUACCAUCGAAGGGAAGCACGAGGAGAAGCAGGAUGACCACGGUUUCAUUUCCAGGCAUUUUGUAAGGAGGUACGUUCUGCCGAAAAAUUGCGACCCUAGUCAGCUCCAGUCUAAACUUUCCUCUGAUGGGGUUUUGACCAUCACUGCUCCCACCAAGAAUCAGCAGAUCGAGCAUAAAGAGAUACCUAUUCAGCAGACUGGGCAGCCAGCAAAAAGCAUUCAAGAAAAGAAAACUGAAAAAAGCAGUGAACCCUAAAUAUGUUGUUGAAAAACCUGUAUUGCUACUUUAAUCUUCUUCUAGGCUUUAUUCACUCUAGCAGUCUGAUUAGUUUUAGGUUUUAGAUACUAAAUUCUUAUUUGUGCCCAGUAAGUGUAGUUUUUUCAAUAAAUGUUUGCAACCUGU